AUGUCUGUGAAUCUAAAAGCCAGCAAGCAAUAUAAAUCUGACUUCACAAGAUGUCAAGAAUCUAAAACUGAUUUUGUGAAAUGUCAAGAAAAUUGUGAAAUAUUGAUAGAUUAUAUUUGGGAGAAGUUGAAUACAGGAUAUUGGAAACAUGUCCCAGUGGCUUGGAGAUACGCCUACACUGUCGUCUCCAUGCUGAAAAUGUUUGCGGAAACAAAUCUUCUCCUUGACGGCGAUUCAAAGGUGAAAUUUUCAGAUGUGAUGAAAACGUGUGAUAUGGGUCUUCUUAUGGGGGCCCCAUUGUUGGACAACAUCCUGGCUAAAAUGUCUGCCUGUAUUUCACCAUUGAACCCUGAUUGUAAUAAUGUUACUCGUAUGGCACCUUCAGCUGACAUCGACAUCAGUCCCAAGCGUCAGAAAUUAUCACACGCGACUCACCAAUUAGCCCAGGAUCCUUUAUGUUCCCUGGAUGAAACCAAAUUAAUUCAAAGAGUCAGUUGCCUCUCCCUGGAAAGCUUUCAAAGUAAGUUUUUGAACACGAGAGUGCCUGUAAUCAUUACCGAUGCCAUUGAUUUUUGGCCGGCCAUGUCAAAUAGAAAAUGGACAUUAGACUAUAUCAAAUCUGUCGCAGGAACACGAACGGUGCCGAUUGAAAUCGGUUCCAAAUACACAGAAGAUUCCUGGUCUCAAACUCUCAUGACAAUUAAAGAGUUUAUUGAAAAAUACAUCGAACAUCCUCAUGAGAACAAUUCCAAUCCAAAAGGCUAUCUUGCACAACAUCAGCUAUUUGAUCAAAUUCCAGAAUUACAGAAUGACAUCAGCGUUCCGACAUACUGCUGUCUGGGAACAAGGGAUGAUGUUGAUGUGAAUGCAUGGUUUGGUCCCAGAGGUACCGUCUCUCCCCUACAUUAUGAUGAUAAAGACAAUCUAUUGGCCCAAGUUAUGGGCAGUAAAUACAUUCGUCUGUACAGUGAUGAGUUCACCCCCAGUGUUUAUCCCCACCCCCACAGGUUGCUACACAACACCAGUCAGAUCGAUGUGGAACAACCCAAUUAUGACCAGUUCCCUAAAUUCAAAUCUGCUUCUUACACUGAGUGUAUUUUAAACCCAGGAGAAAUGUUGUUUAUUCCGUCCAAAUUUUGGCAUUUUGUAAAAUCUCUAUCUGUAAGUUUCUCAGUCAGUUUUUGGUGGCAAUAA